CCCUAAUCCGAGGCCAGCAGGCCUCUCCCUCCACACAGGGGCAGCGUCGCCCGUCCGCUCUCUCACUCGUGCGAGUCCCCCUUUUGUCCGCCAGCGACCACCAUGUUGGCAUCCGGCGGUCCCAGCACGGGCCAGACCUGCGGGCUCGUCCUGAUUUUCGCCGUGCUGUUGCAAUCCAUCUGCGUGGCCAUCACUUUCCUUUAUUUCACCAACGAGCUGCAACAGCUCCGAGACACAUAUGCAAAGAGUAGCUUUGCUUGCUUCACCAGGGAACAUUUUUUCCUAGAAGAUGUGGAUCCAAAUGAUAAAGAAGAUGGCGAUCCUUGCUGGGAGGUCAAAUGGCAGCUGUCGAGGCUCGUUAGAAAGAUGGUGGCCAAGAAUCGUGCAGAAGAAGUAACAUCAGCUUCAACACAAGACGACAUUUCUCCAGAUGCCAUUGCAAGAGAUGUACCUAGGAACCCCCGAGUCGCAGCUCAUCUCACCUCAAGCAGAAAUGCAAGGAAAGGUUUAUUUGUACAAAGUUCUCCUAUCAGAAACAAUUUGGGAUUUAAAAUAAUCUCUUGGCAAUCUUCGGUGUAUCCUUCCUUUCUUCACAAUGUAUUGCUGAACAAUGGAGAACUUAUCAUACAGCAACCUGGAUUUUAUUACAUUUAUGCACAGACUUAUUUUCGCUUCCGGGAAUCGGAAGGGGUUGAAUCCAAUGCAGAUCCUGACUCGGACAGCGUUAGGAAUCCGAAGCAGAUGGUUCAGUACAUUUCCAAAUUUACAGAUUAUUACCCAGAAGCCAUCCUGUUAAUGAAAAGUGCAAGAACCAGUUGUUGGUCUAAAAACGCAGAAUAUGGACUGUAUUCCAUAUACCAGGGUGGCGUGUUUCAGUUAAGGAGAAAUGAUAGGAUUUUUGUCUCCAUCAGCUAUCAAGAACUAGUGGAUAUGGAUAAAGAAGCCAGCUUUUUUGGAGCCUUCCUGGUCUCUUAAAGAAGAAAACGAGAGAACAAUUAGACAUCCAUGAAGAGGUUGUGGAAGACCUGGAAAAUUCUGCUUUUGAAGUAGAAUAAGAAGUUAGUUGCACUAUCCACAGAAGUGCAACUAAGUAUAUAGUUUCUCUGUUAACCACCAGUGAGACCAGUUCAAGGUUCCAUUAUCCAAACUCCACAAUGAAUGGUUGGCAUGCUAUAGAUACAGAAAUGCCAACAAGCUGUUGUGGGUCCAUGAAUACUCUUCCAGGGAUUUUGUUUUUUGUUUGGAACGGGACAGUUGCAUUUGGUUUGUUUCAGCAAAUUUCUGUUGAAUCAUAUGCAUGGAAUCCAUGCACCUAACAAGACAACAGCGAGAUCUACAUAGUGACAAGUGAUUCAAGCUGUACUGUCGUGUGGGUAUUGUCACUGUGGUGUGGAUUGCCAUUUGCUGAAUUGCUGGACUGACUCUGAUGGCAGAGUGUAAAAGAUAAAGCAAAACAGAUUCCCUGAGUUUCCUUUUUUCAAAUCAGAAUGGUUGAGAGCUGCACCGCUCAUUUAGAAUAGCACCUGGAAGAUCCAUCCAGAAAGGUACCAUCUCUGAUUGCAGGAGAAGAAAAAUCUCUUAUUCCAAAGCUGCACCCUAAAUUCGCUUCCAUCAAGGAGAACGUUCAUAUACCUGCACCCCUUCAUGCAGUUUGAAAUGGUACAGUCCUGGGUGGGCUGUAUCAUGCAAUAUCUCCAAACAUGCUGCUCAUUUUUGAGAAUGAAAAAUGUGAAUCCCGUUGGGAAAUCUGCAAAGAACAGGAUUUGCUUCAUGUUCUAUAAUUGGGC